GCCUCACGCUUGAGCUCCGCUAUUCUAGCUCGGGCUCUCGCCACGCCGUCCACAGAUUCAGCCAUCCUCCCCGCGCCGCGCCGCGCCGCGGCGGUUGCUUGGUUUGAUCCCAACCCGCCGGCCGCCUCCUCGCCCGUUCCUCCCCUCCUCAGCCACCUCGCCACUUCCGAGCCCGCGCCGGACCCGGCUGGACUCGAUCGUGUCGCGCUCGCGGCUCGCAUCGGAACGCGCCCCAUGUUAGGCAGGAACGCGCAGCUUCCCACCCCACUGACCCAGCCUGACCACUCGGCCGCUUCCCCGAUCGCCGCCGCAGCUGCGGGUGUCCCAAUAUGGCGGCGCGGGGCGCACGGCGACGUCGCGCACCACCUCCCCACCGCGGGUGCCGGCGCGGCGCGGAGGCGGCGGCGCUCGGGGCUGUCGUGCCGGCCGAGCCACCUCUUCUUCGCGCUCCUCGUCGCGCUCUUCACGGCCUCCCUGCUCGUGGUCUGGCAGCUGCUCUCCAUCGGCGACGGCGACGCGGCAGAGGGGGAGAGGGAGGUGCCGCCCCGGACUGACGGCGGCGGUGUGAUACGGUUCUCGGCCUCGCGCGUGGCGCUGCGCGCGUUCGACGGCGAGAGCCGGCUCGAGGCCGCGAGAUCCGAGCGGCGGUGGUGUCCCGGGCUCGCGCCCGUCAGGCUGGCCCUCGUUGUGGGAAGCAUGAACAUAGACGCACGAUCUCUGAUGCUUGCAACUUUGGCAAAAAGUCUUACGGGUCUGGGUUAUGAGAUCGAGGUUUUAGCAUUUGCGGAUGGGAAAGCUCGAGGUAUUUGGGAAAAUAUUUGCCACAUACAUGUUGUGAAUUAUGCGAGUUUGAAGUUUGUCGACUGGUCAAAGUACAAUGGUGUGCUCUUAAGCUCUCUUGAGGGGAAAAGAGUUCUUUCUAUUCUUAUGCAGGAACCUUUUCGAUUUCUACCAGUGGUUUGGCUUAUACAUGAAGAUACUCUUGGACAGCAUGUUAGAAGUUACACAGAGUUACAUGAGUCCAUUCCCAAUGUCAUUGAAGAUUGGAGGGGCCAUUUUAGUGCAUGCGCUUAUGUUGUGUUUCCCGAUAGCUACCUUCCUUUGUUAUACUCCCCUCUUGAUUCUGGGAACUUUUUGGUGAUUCCUGGUUCUCCGGUUGAUAUCUGGGCAGCUAAAAGAUAUGGCUUAUCACAUUCUCAAGAAACUAUGAGAAAGCAGCAUGGGAUUGAAGAAGAUGAUGUCGUUGUUUUGGUUGUCGGAAGCUACUUGUUCUUUGAUGAAUUGCCAUGGGAUUAUGCAACAGUCAUGCGUGCAUUAGCUCCACACAUUUUGGAUAUAGCAAAAACUAAGAAAUUGAGAGUGCAGUUUAUUUUUUUCUGUGGAAACGACACUGAUGCCUACAACUCCGCUUUCCAGGAACUUGCCUCACACAUGGGAUUUCCUGAUGGUUCCGUAAAGCAUUUUUCCAUGACUCAUGAUAUUAGGAACCUGUUAAUAUUUGUGGAUGUUGUUCUCUACGGAUCUUUAAGACAAGAACCUGGUUUUCCUCCUUUGUUAUUGCGGUCCAUGUCCUCUGAAAUUCCAAUAAUUGCGCCAAAUCUGACUUUUAUAACAAAAUAUGUCACUGAUGGCAUCCAUGGCUUCCUUUUCAAUCCCGAUGACCCAAGCACAGUGGCUUCAGCUUUCACACGAAUUUUAGGAGAAAAAAAGCUUUUGGAUACUGCCUAUUCUGUUGCUUUGGAGGGGAAGCUACUUUCCAAGAACAUGUUAGCAUAUGAUUGCAUUACUGCUCAUGUUAAGCUUCUUGAAUGUGUGAUGCAUUAUCCUUCAGAUGCAAAAUUACCGUCUUCUGCUUCUAAAAUUCAAGACAUAACAUGGUUAUGGGAUGCUUUCGAGAUGAAGGCUGCACUAGAAAAUGGUUCUUUGGAAGAUGAAAGCCAUAGCAGCACAAGGAUCGCUGAUAUCCUUAUGGGAGAAUUCCGUCAAAGUAAUCAAACAACUUAUCCUGAUAAUAGCAACGAUACUUCUUCAUAUGAUUACCCUAGCUUAUCCGACUGGAAUGAUUUGAGUGAGGUCGAAAUCUUUGAAGAUAUAGAGAGGAGAGAAAUGGAGGAGAUUGAUGAAAGGGUGGAAAGACCUUUGUUAUCAUGGGAUGAGGUGUACAGAAACGCUCGUAAAUCAGAAAGGCUAAAGCCACAAGGAAAUGGGCGUGACGAAGGUGAACUGGAAAGGACUGGACAACCUCUGUGUGUAUAUGAGAUUUAUAGCGGAGAGGGAGCAUGGCCGUUUUUACAUCAUGGAUCUUUAUAUCGUGGCAUUACACUUUCAAAAGGAGGCAGGAGACCAAGAUCAGAUGAUGUUGAUGCUGUUACCAGGCUUUCAGUUCUGGACAACCCAUACUAUCGUGAUCUUCUUUGUGAAUUUGGUGCUAUGUUUGCCAUUUCGAACAGAAUUGAUAGUGUACAUAAGUUACCAUGGAUAGGUUUCCAGUCAUGGCGAGCUGCUGGAAGAAAGGUAUCCUUGUCUGGAAGUGCAGAAGACACCUUGGAGGAAACUAUGACCGGAGAAAAUAGCGAGGAUGCUAUAUACUACUGGGCGCCAAUGGAUAUGGACCAAAGUUCCGACUUUUGGUCGAUGUGUGAUUGCCUAAAUGCUGGCCAUUGCAGAAAUCUUUUUGAAGAUGCAUUUAGGACUAUGUAUGGGCUGCCACAGGGUGUCGCAGCCCUUCCACCCAUGCCCAAUGAUGGCGAUUAUUGGUCUACUCUUCACAGCUGGGUGAUGCCCACCCCAUCAUUUUUGAAAUUCAUCAUGUUCUCAAGGAUGUUUGUCGAUUCACUUCAUAACUUGAAUGAGAACAGUACUGAGCCAGCUUCAUGCUUACUUGGAGCAUCACAGCCUGAGAAAAGGCACUGCUAUUGUCGAGUCCUGGAAGUCCUUGUAAAUGUCUGGGCUUAUCACAGUGGACAGAAGAUGGUAUACCUUAACCCUGUCACUGGAGAUGUCAGAGAGCAGCAUCCACUCGAUGAAAGAAAUGAGAUGUGGGUAAAAUUCUUCAACUUCACCCUUCUGAAGAGCAUGGAUGAGGAUCUAGCAGAAGAAGCGGAUGAUGGCAUGCAUCCUGGAAAUGAUCAAUGGCUGUGGCCAUUAACUGGUCAAGUGUUCUGGCCUGGUAUCGCUGACCGGGAAAGGGAGGAGAAAUAUAUAAGAAAACUGGACAAAAAGCUCAAGAAUAAGGUGAAAUUGCUUGAAAGGCAGAAGUCAGGUUACAAGCAGAAGCCCCUGGGACAAUGACCGUGAUAAAAGUUAAGAGCUAACGAUCUGAAUGUUUUCGAACCACAUUGGCUGCAGCUUCAAUCCAUCAGUGCCCUCACUUCAUGUUCUUUGAUACGGCAAUUGAACAUGAUCACACGGCAGAGGAGGUAAAGCACAAAGGCAUCAUUGUUGUGAAUAGCCAUUCUUUUUACGCCUCCUUGAUCUCCCUCUCCAAAGGAGCUUGGUGAAGCUGGAGGAUAUUGGCAGGAUGGGGAAUCGCCGAUUUUUUUUUUCUGUUCCUAUAGACAGGUUAUAAAUCGUGCCAUAUAGUUCCACUGACUCUUAUUCUUUAUUUAUCUUCCCCUCCUGCCAUGAAAGGGGCAGCUGGAUGGGGAGCAGAAUUUUGGUAGGAUACUAGCUGACCACCGUUGUAUAUGUAAAUUCCCAGUAGAGGCACCGUUGCGAAAGUAAUAAUCAUGUUAAAUUCUGGUCUCUUCUCUUUGGCACACUAUUGGAAUGGUUAGAAAUUUUCAGCUA